GGACCCUGCAAAGUAUAUAUUUUUACAAAAUGGUGGCUUCUUCGCGGAGAAAUUCGUAGUGGCGAUUAUUAACAAAAGGCACGCAAUUUGGCCAGCGAAUUAUAGCAAAUUGUUGGCGAAAACACUCGCAACGACGCUGGCUGCUGCGUUUGGAUGGAAAACUCGCGGAAAAGCAACCAAAAAACGCGCACGAACCCAGUGAAAAUAACUGAAAGCGAAGGCAGGCAAUAAAAAACGCAAGCAAGCAACCAAAGUGCGUGCCUGUGUGUGUGUGUCUGUGUGCCGUGAGUGUGCGUGUAUGUGUCUGUACGUGAGUGUGUCUCUCUGUUAGUGUGUGUGUGCGCAAAGUGUAUGCAAAAAAGAAGAAGAGAAACGGAGAGGAGCAUUAAAAAAAAGCGUACGACGAGUUUCACGCGCCCAACAACAAAAACACCAUAAGCAACAGCAACAAAAACAACAACACUUAGCAGCGACGGCAAUAACAAAAACAUCAAAGGCAGCAGCAAAACCUGUGUUUGUGCAAAUUAACCAAAAUAUACAUUUCCGGCUACUCGCUGCCCCCUCACUGAGCAACAACUACAACAAUACCAGGAACAACAGGAGCAGAGCAGCAACAACCGAGACCGCCCACCCCUUCGCUUCCAUCGACCCAGCACAUCAUCAUCAUCAUCAUCAACAACUGGAGUCUGGAAUCUGGAGACGGAGACCGACGACCGGAGUUACUUUGCCGCCUGCUGCUGGAGAGAGGAGCUUCUUCGGGAGGAACGCCUCGACGAUAUACAACCCCGACCCGGAUUCAUGUUGAAUUUUCAUAUCGUAGAGGGCAUAAAAAGGCUUAACACUGGACCGGAAGCGUGUUUUUAAAGGGUGAUGGCGGCCUCCACUCAAGGAGAAAUUCGAGUGGGUCCCGGCCACCAGGUAAACGAUGUCUAUGCAAAACUGCCCGAUUAUAAUCCAAUCUCAAGCUUCCCCAUCGACAAGGAAACCGAUGAACGUGAACUAGAGGAAUCAAGAUGGAGUCCAGGCGUUGUGGCCGAUGGCGACUUGUUAAUGUUUCUGCGUGCGGCUCGCUCCAUGGCUGCAUUUCAAGGAAUGUGUGAUGGCGGACUAGAAGACGGUUGUUUGGCUGCCAGUCGCGACGACACCACAAUAAACGCACUCGACGUGCUCCACGAUUCUGGCUACGAUCCAGGCAAAGCUCUACAAGCGCUCGUAAAGUGCCCCGUAUCGAAGGGCAUCGACAAGAAGUGGACCGAGGACGAAACAAAGAAGUUCAUCAAGGGUCUGCGUCAGUUCGGCAAGAACUUCUUCCGCAUCCAUAAGGACCUGCUGCCGCACAAGGACACGCCGGAGCUGGUCGAAUUCUACUAUCUGUGGAAGAAGACGCCCGGCGCGAACAACAACCGGCCGCACAGGCGGCGCCGCCAGAGCGCCCUGCGCCGCAAUCGUGUCACGCGGGCGAACAACAGCAACAGUAAUACACCUCCCAAGAAGGAGGACACACCAGAACCACAAACUGCGACGACGGCGACGGCGGCGGCAACCGCGGCGUCCGAGACGGCGAGUCGCUCCUCGCCCGCUGUCUCCAAGGAGGAGAACAGCUCGCUCACCGAGGACGACGCCAGCGAGUGCGACAGUGAUUCGAGUCUGACCCACAAAAGGGAUGAAUCACCCUCAAGGAUGAGGACGCGAAACAAGCAACAGAACAACAACAACAACAGCAGCACCACCACCAGCAGCAGCAGCAGCAACAACAACGCGGCCGGAAACGGUGGCGGCAACGCCACCUCCAUAAGCAGCGGUUCAACGGGCGGCGGUGCCGCUGGCGGCAACAGCUCGUCCAAGGAUCAGUCAGCCAACGCCGUGGCUAAUGGCAAGCGGCCCAAGCGGGGCUCCGAAACACCGGACGUUGCCGGCGGAGCCUCGGUCGACAGUCCCAAGACGCCGACGAAGGCCGUGGCCGAGAGUUCGGCCAACAAGCGCAAGGGCGGCAAACAGGAUACGCCCAACAAGAAGAAGCGGACGGAGCAGGAGGCCUGCGAGCCGAGUGCCCAGGAGGAGAGUGCCGUCAAGGAGAAGCGCAAGCGGCCCGAUAGUCCGGUGGAGAGCAUGAACUCGGACAGCCGACCGGACUCGGUGCUCGACGACGGCGAGUCCAAUACCACGGACACCACCACCGCCGAGCAGCAGUCCACCAAGGACAGCAAGGAGACGGUCAGCUGCAAGGAGGAGCGCGACAUGGUCUCCAAUGACCUGGAAGCCAAGGCCGAGGAGAAGGCCAUCAAGGCAGAGGCUCUGGCCGAGGACAGCAAGGACAGCGCCAUCAAGAACAUGGACGAGGAGACGAACAUCCAGGCGCCGAUCGGCGUGGAGACGAGUUCGGCCGAGGGCGUCAAUGCCAACGCGGUGGCCAAUCCCGUGGCGCCGCCCAUCACCAUGAAGGUGCCCACAAUUGCCACUGUGGAGGCGCUAAAUGCCUCUGUGGAUCGCAAGGAGGCCAUCGAGAAGAUGGAGUCCUGCGACAGCGAUCCGGAGAUGCUCAAGAAGCUGGCCACCAUCAAGCAGGAGGCUUCUCCGCAGCAGCAGCAACAGCAGCAACAGCAGCAGCAGCAACACAUGCAGCAGCAAUCGCAGCUGCAGUUGCAGCAGCAACUGGCUCCAGUUGGCAUCCAACCGCCGCCCGUGUGUGCACCCACUGAGGCGGUGUACAUCAAGAAGGAGCCCAUGGAGGACUCGAUGGACGCCACCUGCAAUCAGAACAGCAACGAGCCGCAGGACCUGAAGGUCAAGAUUGAGAUCAAAAACGAGGACGCUCUCAAGCACAGUGUGGGUGGAAUGCCGCCCUCUGGUCCCGGUGGACCACCUUCGGCCCUGCAUCCGCUGUCCGGAACUCCUGUAGAGAGUGGACAGCCGGAGCCGCUGCAUCUGCAGCACAUGCCCCAUGGACCGGUGCCGACACAACCGCCACCCGGCUACCUAAUCGAUGGCCAGCUGAAGUACGGACCGCCGGGACAGGGUGUGCCGCCACAGCCACCACAACUGCACAGCGAUGCGGUGGGAGGAGGCAACGGAGCACCGCCUGGAGCGCCGACCACGCCGCAAAAAUAUCCGCCCGAGAUGGAGAUGAAGUUCGCUCCCCAAGAUCUCAAGUACCCGCCGCCGCCGCCCCUGGACGCACUGAAGUACAGCCAGGAGAUGCAGGCUGCGGCGGCUGCAGCAGCUGCUGCCGGCAAAUACGACAUGAAGUACAUGAUGGAGCAGCAGGGCAAGUAUCCCGUCGAGCUGUCCGCUGCCCAUCAGCCGCCAGGAAAGCCGGGCUACCAGGAUUCGCUAAAGAUUCCCGAUGUCAAGCCCGCUUUUGGCCACCUGCCGCACAACGUUGGCUCGCCUCUGGAUGUGGCCCAUAAAUACGGACCGCCGCCCACGUCGCAAGACUCCCAGCAGCAGCAACAGCAGCAGCAGUCCCAACCGCCGGCGCACCAGUUGCCGCCGGGAGCCACGCCGCCACCUGGCAUCGCCAUGCCCAAGCCGCACUACCAGCACGACGUGCAGACGCCACCGCUGGGACGUCCGUUCGAGCCAUCCGGCCUUAUGCUCAAGUAUGGCGAUCCACUGGCGGCCAAGUACGGUCCGCCCCAGGAUCUGAAGUACCCGAUGCCCCCGGUCUCCUCUCAGGCGGGACCAGCGGACGUGAAGCCAUAUGGCGGGGAGAACCUGAUCAAGUCCUCGCCAUAUGGACCGCCGCCGGAGAGUCCAAUCGACGCCUCGGCGCGCUCGACGCCUGGUCAGGAUAGCCAGGGCAGCAAUAGCAAUUCGCAGCCGCCGUCGAUGCCGCCGCAGCCGCAGCAGUUCCAGUCGCCGCAUCCUUCGCCGCACAUGCCUUCGCCAGCCGGCGGUGGCCUGCCACCGGGCAUGCAUCCGCAAAAUCUCAUCCAUGGCCCGCCACCAGGUGCAUCGGGUGCUGGUGGUGGCGGCGGCGGUGGUGGUGGUGGUGGUGGCCCCCAGCCGCCUCCGCCGCCCACGUCGCUGCAUCAGCCCGCGCCCACGGCUCCAGGUCCGCCCAGUCUGCAGCACGGAUUGCAUCCUGGUCACCCGCAGCACUCGCAGCUGUCGGUGGCCUCGUCACUGCCGCCGAGCUCGAUUGGAAUUCCACCGACGCUCUCGACAAUGGCGCCAACGCACAUGCACCCGCACCUUCACCCACAUGCGCAUCUGCAGGGUCUGCAUCGGCCGCACGACUUGCCGCCCAGCAUGCAUCCGCAUGCGCCCAUGCCGCUCUCACUGCAGGGACAUCCGCAACACGGUCACGGAUUGCCGCCCUCGCACGUCCCCCAGCAGCAGCAGCAGCAGCAGCAACAACAACAGCCGCCCGGCGGACCAGCCGGCACGGUGCGAACUCCAUCACCUGCCCAGCAGCCGCCGAGAUCCCUGCACGAUCCGCAAUCGUCACGAGAGCCGCCCAAUUCGCAGCCCUCGACCACGAUGGCGAGUUCGGGUGGUGGUCCCGGCGGGCCCGGUGGACCGCCGCCGCAACAGUCGCCGCACGCGCAUCGCACAUCGCCGCUGCCCGGCCUGUCGGGCAGUGGACCGCCGCCGCCGGGACUCAUCGGCCAUCCGAUGGCCAUACACCCGCACCUGGCACACCUGCCGCCCGGCCAUCCGGCCCACGCAGCGUUGGCCCAUCCGGGACACCAUCUGCUGUCGCACUCGAUAGCGGGCCUGGGACCUGGCGGCGGACCCAUCGCCUUGCUGGCCGGACCCGGCGGACUGGGAGGCAUCCCAGAGUCCGCUCUAAGUCGCCGCACCCCGCCCUCACACCUGCCACACUCGCACGCCUCCUCGGCCCCGCUGACGCCGCACUCGGUGGCCAGCAUGACGUCCACCAGUAUGUCGCUGACCACCAGCACGGUGCCCUCGUCCGCCUUUAGCCGCGCCAGUCCCAGCGUGCAGAUCUCGAGCGGUGGUGGCGGCGGCGGCGGCGGUGGUCCUGGUUCUGGACCCGGAAGCGUUGGUCCCGGCGGAUUGCCCAACUCUUCGGCAGCGGCGGCGGCAGCUGCUGCAGCGGCUGCCCAUAGAGCGGCCUCGCCGGCGUCCAGCGUGAGCAGCCUGAGUCGCCAGAGCCCGCUGCAUCCGGUGCCGCAGUCUCCGCUCAGCCAUCAUCCCUCGUCGUCGGCCUUGUCGGCCGCGGCAGCCGCUGUGGCGGAACGGGACCGGCAUGCGCUGAUGCGACAGCAAUCGCCGCACAUGACGCCGCCACCGGUGUCCAAUGCCUCGUUGAUGGCUAGUCCGCUGAGCAAGAUGUAUGCUCCUCAGCCGGGUCAGAGGGGUCUGGGGACCUCGCCGCCGCCGCAUUUGCGGCCGGGAGCCUCGCCGCCGGUCAUCCGGCACCCGCAGAUGCCCCUGCCGCUGCCACUGAUUGCGCCUGGCGGAGGAAUACCGCCGAUCGGAGUGCAUCCGGGACAGUCACCCUACCCGCAUCCGCUGCUGCAUCCCUCGGUCUUCUACUCGCCGCACCAUCACCCCUUCAACUCGCCCUACGGCUAUGCGCCCUAUGGUCCUGGAUUCCCGGCCUACAUGAAGCCACCGCCUCAGCCAGGUCAACUGGAUCCGGCCGCCGUGAUGGCUGCCCACCAUGCUGGUCUCCAGGGACCGCCGCCCCAGCAGAUGCGCCAGGAUGAGCAGAAUGCAGCGGCCGCUGCGGCAGCAGCUGCUGCCGAGAAGCAGCAUCAGGCCGCUGCAGCAGCAGCAGCAGCUCAACAGCACAAGGCACCGCAGCAACAACAGCCGGGUGGAAUGCCACCCAAUAAGCCGCCGACGCCAAAGACGCCGCAGGGUCCUGGUGGUGGAAUGCCGCCGGGGAUGGGCGGACCGGGAACACCGACGGGCCUGCCGCCAGGUGCCUAUCCAGGCAGUCAUAUGCCGGGAUAUCCGCAGGGACCGCCUCACGGAUCACCCUUUGCUCCGCAAGAUGGUCAGCCACAUGGCCUGAAGCCCACUUCGCACAUGGACGCCCUGCGAGCGCAUGCACACUCGGCCAACUCGGCGGGCAUGGGCGGAGGACAUCAUCCAACGGAGCCAUUGCCCAUCGAUAUUGAGCCGGAUCCGGAGCCAGAAAUCCCUAGUCCCACGCACAACAUACCACGUGGUCCCAGUCCCGAGGCCAAACCGGACGACACCGAGUGCCAUCGCUCUCAGUCUGCCAUAUUUGUGCGGCACAUCGAUCGCGGGGAUUACAAUUCGUGCACGAGAACGGAUUUGAUCUUCAAGCCGGUGGCCGACUCGAAGUUGGCCCGCAAGCGUGAGGAGCGCGACCGUAAGCUGGCCGAGAAAGAGCGUGAGCGGCGUCAGCAGCAGCAACAACAGCAGCAGCAGCAGCAACAACAGCAGGCGGCAGCCGCUCAGCAGGCGGCGCAGCAGGCCAAGAUGAAAGCGGAGCUGAAGCCACCGUAUGCGGACACACCUGCCCUGCGCCAACUGUCCGAGUACGCUCGUCCCCACGUCGCCUUCAGUCCUGUUGAGCAGAUGGUGCCAUAUCAUCAUCCAAUGGGCCCCAUGUACAGAGAGAGGGAACUGGAGGAGAUCAAGAACGCACAAGCUGCUGCGGCGAGCCAAUCCCGGCUAGAUCCGCACUGGAUGGAGUACUAUCGACGAUCGAUUUCCUCCAACAAUCCCUACAGCGGCAUCCACCCCUCGCAGUUCCCGCUGUACGCGAAUCCGGCGAUAUCGCAGAUGGAGAGGGAGCGUCUGGGAAUUCCACCGCCGCACCAUGUGGGGUUGGACCCGGGCGAGCACAUGGUGCGUAUGAUACGAUUGACGAGAGAAUAUCAUGCACACUCUCAUACUCAUUUACAUUUGCCUUUGCAUCCACAGCCGCAACCACCGGAGGCCGGUUUCCAACUGCCACCGAAUGUUGGCCAGUAUCCGCGGCCAAAUAUGCUUAUACCUAGGGAGCCGCAUUCGGAUGUCCUGCUGCGCAUGUCCUAUGCCGACCAACUACAGUAUUUACAGGCCGCCGAGUUCCAGCGACAGUCCCUGCAUGAUCAGUACUUCAGGAAUCAGCUGCGUUAAUCGGGAGUGGAUCGUGGAUCGUUCCAGCUGCACACACAACACUUCACACCAGACACUUACUGACCAAGGCAUCCAGAAUCAAAAAGCAGAAACCAACUACAAAACUAAACUAAACAAAACAGGACACGAUGGUCGCAAUAUCUUAAGUACCCUCUUCAUAGUGUAUAGUGUUAAAUUCUUAAACCUAAGCGAGGCGAAGGAGCAUGUUAAAUACGGUCUAGACUUAUUAAGGCAAUGGAACAAAAACGAACUUGGCACACAACAAUUUUUAUUGAGGUCUUCAAACUGCUUAUAGAUAUGAAUGUGCUGCACUUCGACGUCAAGAAAAGAAAAGAACUAACUAUUAAGCUAUACAAACCAAUUGAUUUAGACACGAUGAUAACUAAGCAAAACCAAAACACAAACUCAAACGCACUUGCUGCAGGAGGCAAGGUACAUAAAUUAGUAUAGUGAAACGAUUUCGGAUAGCAAGGAUGAAGCAGAUAGUUCAUACAUAUUCGAGUGUACUGUACAAAUGGAUUCGGAGAUAGAUUUUCUUUUUAUAAAACAUUUUGACACUCUAUCCAAUAGAUACGCCUAACGCCUAAUAUUAUUUAAAUGUACUUCCAGCCACAAUUGAACUAUUUAAUGUACGAUUCAUAUAAGCUUGCUGCUUUCGACUUUUUAGCUAAAAUAAAAUGGUAAACGAAUCACGCCAA